AAACCACUUUCUUCUUUCUUUUUCAACCCAAAAGGAAGGAAGCCCCUGGAACUGUCUGGCAUCUUCCCAUCCUUAUUCUUAGUCUCGCAACAUCCCCAGACUGAAUCAUCACCACUAGUCGUGGCCUCCCUUAGUACCAAGUACCAAGUACCAGGUACCCCAGGUGCCUUCCCAAGCCCCAACACCAACCAAGACGACCGCGUACAAGACUACGUGACUGCCCCAGGCCAGGUUGUCUGCUUCAAUUCACAAACCUCAUCAGUGUCAACGUCUCUCUCUCUCUGCUUGCGCUCUUGUUUCGGCGCGGACGCUUGAGCUCCAUCAAACGCAGCUUGACAUCAGGCUAAUCGCAUAUUGUUAUACGCCCCCUCCUCCCCAACCCACAUCGCCUCGCACAGCCAGGCACGCCCGUCUGUGUUAUAAUACGCUUCCUGAUCGGGCGAGAUCGAUCUUGUCCUCCACAGCUUGUCACACCAGCACCCAAGCCGCCGCCUCAUAUUAUCCGGCUGCGUGUGCCACACAACUCGCCGCCAUGGCCUCGCUCCUAAGGCCAAAUCGGUCCAGUACCGACGGAAAUGGCCACGGCCAUAACCAGGCCGACGCCGUGUGCACGAGUUCAUUUAUUGUGUCUAAUAUGCACUGCCCGACCUGCGUCUCAGCCAUCAAGCACGAGAUAGGCGAGAACUUCCCAGGCGGCAUCACAUGGGUUUCACCGAACAUCGUGACCUCAGUCGUCACCGUGGAACACGACCCAUCUGUUGUACCAAGGCGCUUGGCUGAUGUCCUGGAGGAGGCCGGCUAUGAAGUCUCAGGCAUCACCUCCACCGGUGCUGGUUCCGACGGCGGCUUUACCUCCCCGGUCGACGCCACUGCCCAGUGUUGCAACCCGGAGCCUGCAGAGUCACGCCCAAACCCGUCUUCCGCCCUUACAAAUUGGCUGUCGGGAGAUCGGUCGCGGUCAGAAGCCGCCCGCGUUCAUCUACUAAAUUGCGAGCAAUGCCGCAACUCCCAGGCCGCCUCGCCCACCGGAGUCCCUGCUCAUGGCCAGGCGGAUGGCCCUCACUCCCUGGCAGCUUCCCCCUCAGACAGCCGACGUCCUUCGCCAGAUCAGCGGCUAUCAUCCAAAGGGAAAUCCGGGCCAAUGUCUUUCGUUACGGUUGAUUCGGAUGAGAGUAGCUCGCCUGAUGCCUGGCGAGCUACUCUUGCUGUGGGAGGAAUGACCUGCGCCUCCUGCGUCAAUGCUAUCACGGACGCCUUGAACAAGAAAGACUACACUACCGCUGUCGCGGUUAAUCUCGUUUCCAACAGCGCGACCGUCGACUUUUCAGGCAAGGACCACGCUGAAGACAUUGUCGAAUCCAUCGAGGACAUGGGCUAUGAGGCGGCACUGGACAAGGUUGAGCCCAUUAGAGAGGAAAAGGCCGAGUCACAGGAGAGGACGGUAGAGCUCGCGCUUCAGGGCGUGUACUGCAAGCACUGUCCGGCUCGUGUCGUCAAUAGCUUGGCCGGCUUCCGUCGGCAGCUGUGGAUCAUUACGGAGCCCACCCAGGCCAGGCCCAUCAUGAAGAUCUCAUACGUGCCCGAUGCUCCUGGCUUCACAAUCCGGCAGAUUCUGGCAGCUGUACAAGCCAGUGACCCGGCCCUGAGAGCAUCGAUCCACCACCCACCAAGCCUGGAGGAACGGUCAAAGGCAGCCCAACGGAAGCACCAAUGGCAGCUAUUGUACCGGGCGCUGGGGACUUUGAUCGUGGCCAUUCCAACAUUCAUCAUUGGUAUUGUUUAUAUGUCUCUGAUACCCGAAGGCAACCCGAGCAAGCACUACCUCAUGAUGCCAUGGACUUCAGGUAUCAGCCGCGCCCAGAUCGCCCUGUUUGUCCUGUCGACGCCAAUCUAUUUCUUCGCUGCCGACGUCUUCCACAGGCGCGCCAUCAAGGAGAUCCGGACCCUGUGGCGGAAGGGGAGUAAGGUUCCCAUCCUGCGGAGGUUCUAUCGCUUUGGCAGCAUGAAUACUCUCAUGUCUCUCGGCACAACCAUUGCCUACGUCUCUUCAGUAGCCCAGCUGAUCGCUGCUGGGGUACACAAACCAGAGAAGGUCAAUGAUACAGACUUCUACUUUGACUCGGUAGUCUUCCUGACUCUUUUCCUCCUCUUCGGUAGAUGGAUCGAGGCGUACAGCAAGUCCAAGACUGGCGAUGCGGUAUCAGCCCUGGGCAAACUUCGUCCAACUGAGGCAGUUCUCGUCGAGCGCGAUGCGUCCGGCAAAGAAACGGACAGCACUGUCAAAGCCGAUCUGUUGGACUUCGGAGACACAGUACGGAUCAGGAACGGGUCAUCUCCGCCCGCAGACGGCGUCAUUGUUAAGGGAGUCAGCAGCUUUGACGAGUCCAGUCUUACUGGCGAGGCCCGCCUUAUCAAGAAGAGCCCCGGGGAAGCUGUCUACGCCGGUACAGUCAACAAGGGACAGCCCAUCCUGAUACAGAUCACCGGGGCGGUGGGCACGUCGAUGCUGGACCAGAUCGUGAGCGUCGUUCGCGAAGGUCAGACGAAGCGAGCUCCUAUGGAGCAGAUUGCCGAUGUCCUUACAACUUACUUCGUGCCUGUGGUCACCCUCGUUGCCAUUCUCACUUGGCUCAUAUGGAUGAUCCUGGGCCUAAGCGGGGCUCUUCCUGAUGACUAUCUGGAUGUCACGUCUGGUGGAUGGGUGGCCUUUGCCCUGCAAUUCGCCAUCUCUGUCUUCGUGGUCGCGUGCCCCUGCGGUCUCGGAUUGGCUGCCCCAACAGCCAUCUUUGUCGGGGGUGGGCUCGCCGCCAAGUAUGGUAUCUUGGCCAAGGGCGGUGGCGAAGCUUUUGAGAAAGCCAGCCGCAUCGACUGUGUUGUAUUCGACAAGACAGGCACAUUGACCGAGGGCGGCCAACCGAGCAUCACGGACUUUGUCUACUACCCUGACAACACCACAGAACCUGAUGGAAAAGAAGCGAUGCUGGCUGCUGUGAAGGCCGUCGAAGAAGGCAGCAGCCAUCCAGUAGCAAAAGCUAUCGCCUCGUUCUGCGCGAAUCAGGAGAUCGACUCAGACGUCAGGGUCGAUGACCUACAUGAGAUCCCAGGCAAGGGUAUGAGGGCCAAAUACCACAGUGGGAACCAGCAUUUCGACAUUCUCGUGGGCAACGAGGCACUUAUGCUGGAAUACCGCGUACAGAUUUCUAAUAAGGUCGUCGAACUGUUGCAUAAGUGGAAGGGAGAGGCAAAGUCAAUCGCCCUCGUCGCAACACUACAGACGAAAUCAAGCCAGGAGAGCGAGACGGUCUCGGGUGACCAAAACAACGGGGCGGCAUCGAGCACGAGUUGGUGGGUGAUCGCCGCCGCUCUCUCAAUCUCCGAUCCUAUCCGCCCCGAAGCACCCACCAUUGUACGCGCUCUUCAGUCCCGCGGAACUCGCGUGUGGAUGCUCUCGGGCGACAACGACGUUACCGCCCGGGCGGUAGCAGCCCGCAUUGGCAUCCCGCCGGACCAGGUCAUCUCUGGGGUCCUGCCGACACAGAAGGCCGACAAGAUCACGUAUCUGCAGUCGACGCUCAAGGCCGACAACGAGAAGUCGGAGAAGCGAGCGACGGUGGCCAUGGUGGGAGACGGGAUCAACGACUCGCCGGCACUGACCAAGGCUGACGUCGGCAUCGCGAUCGGGUCCGGUUCGGACGUGGCCAUCAGCUCGGCCGAGUUCGUGCUGGUCAAGUCGGACCUGUGGAGCGUGGUGACGCUCCUGGAGCUGUCGCAGACGGUAUUCCGCCGCGUCAAGAUCAACUUCGCCUGGGCCCUCAUCUACAACCUCAUCGCCGUGCCCGUCGCCGCGGGAGUCCUCUACCCCGUCGUCAGCGGUGGCAACCACGUCAAGCUCGACCCCGUCUGGGCCAGCCUGGCCAUGGCACUGUCGAGCAUCUCGGUGGUCAUGAGCAGCCUAGCGCUGAGGAGCGGCAUCCCUGGAAUCGGGUUCAGGGAGAGGACUCGUGAGACCACCCUGUAGGAUGGGGGUGGCCGUCGCAGUCGCUCUUCUUCUCGGCAUGGAAAUCGAAGAGGGAGGAUAAGGAAUGCGGGGUUGCAUAUGGGAUGAAUUGAGGUCUGGAUGAUAGGGCAGGUUGUAUGAUAUACCCGUCCGGGAGAGAUGUGUCCCUGGCAAAGGAGACAUAGGAUAAUACCCCACGGCGUUUUAUGGAGGAUUGUUUUGUCUCGGAGUCUGUACCUAGCGAUUGUUUUGGGGCCAUCUCCCCAGCGAGAUGCUA